AUGGGCGUUGCUCGUCAAAAUGAUCGACCUUUUGAACUGCCGAGAAAUCCAGCUGAUGAUGCUGUCGCCCGUUGUCCUCGAUGUCAGUCACCAAUGGUCGUAAAAACUAUUCCAAAUGGCAGCGUUUGUGUUUCAUGCACUGGCUAUCCAGAAUGCAGAACAAGCGGAUUCUUACCAAACGGUGGAAGGAUGAUAGCUCGUUUGAGAGCAUGCAACUGCAGCGCUGGAUUUUAUGUUGUCAGAUGGAGCUUCGAGCCUGGAAGCGUGCCUAGCCACAUGACAGGAGAAAUGGCUACUCGAGAAAACGAAAGACCCGCAAAGAAGACAGAUCCAGAUCCGAUGAAAUAUCCAGUGAUGCAAAAGAUUGCGAACCUCAUUCCGAACCCGAACAAACCGGAGAACAGUUUCAACAUUCGUAUAUCCCACAAAAUUAAUGGGGGCGCCUUCGGCAGUCUUCACAAAGUUAAGGCGAUUGUUGGAGAUAAGAAGGUCGACGUGAUGGUGAAAAUCGAGGCUUCUGAUCACCCAAGUCCGCAGCUCCAGCAAGAGCACAUUGUAUAUUCUGUUCUGAGAGGAACGCUUGGAUUCGGUUCGAUUGUUGAAGGGCUUGGCACUCAUCUUUCGAGGAAUAUUAGUUUGCAAACAGCCGAUGGGGAGACAGCCGAAUUCAAUAUGUUGUUCCUGACUCGUCUUGGGAUCGACCUGGCGACGAUUCACAAGAGAAUGAAGCUCAUUAAAAAUCCACCUGACGGACUGCACAGAAUGAACAAACAUACUGUCCUCAACGCGGCAUCUCAAAUGUUCGAUGUCGUCAAAUUGCUGCACAACGCCCAUUUCAUCCACAGAGACAUCAAGCUUUCAAACUUCAUGAUGGGCAUUGGAAUCGACAGGCACAACGUUCAUCUAAUUGAUUUUGGUUUGUCAAAGCAAUACAAGGACCUUUCUGGGAACCAUAUGGGAACGGGCAAGAGAAACUUGAACAUUGGUACAACGGCCUUCCAGUCGGCUUUCGUCCUUGCUCGCCACAUUCCAACUCGUCGGGACGAUUUGAUCUCGACUAUUUACUGCAUUCUGCAACUGAUCCUGGGCGCUCUUCCAUGGGACAUCGAAUGGAAAGCGAAAAAGGAAAGCAUUCUCGAAGGCAUCUCCUCUCCUCAAGAGCGUGGAAAGAUCUACGAUAAGUUCUGCCUCAAGAUGAAGCAACUGCCGGCCAACGUUCUGUUCACGCACUUCGGGAUCUACGAUGACUACAAGGAGUUUUCCGAGAUCUACGAGUAUUUUCAGUCGCUUGAGCCAGCGCAGGAUCCGGACUGGGAUUUCAUCAAUGAAAAAGUCAACGAUUGCGGAAGGCGCCACUGGGGCUGGUUCGACUGGUUUGAGUGGCUCGAAGAGGGCAACCCAACUCCAGAGAACCCUCACCACAAUUACUACAUGGAUCUCAUCGACGAGUUCAACAGGAACUACGGCAGAGCGUCAUAA